GAUACGCCUCCUAGAGUACCAGAGAUCGUUGAAUCAUGGGUCCUUCUUCUUUCCACAGAUAAAACGUCAGUAUAAAAUUAUCACCGUUAACUUGGGUCGAGUUCCACAAUACACCGCUAUCUCUUAUAUGUGGGGAGUGCAGAUAGGGACAAGACGAUUCUCAUCGGCGACACACACGAAUUGAAUAUCACCACCAGCGCCGAAUAUUGCCUGAAAGUUAUGGUUGAUGUGCGGUAUCUGUGGAUUGACUCAAUAUGUAUCAAUCAAAACGACAACAAGGAAAAAGCCCGCCAAGUAGCGUUGAUGGGGGAGAUAUACCGUCGUGCCUCGAAGGUAGUCGGUGUCUUAGGGAGAAAUACCGUAAAUGAAUCCCGCAGUGCUGUUGUAUUCAUGGCAACAGAAAACACUCUACGCCUUCAUGCACCAGUAGCGGCAGUAGACUCACCCAAGAUGCCGGAUGUGAUUCCGAAGAUAGAACUAGAUUCACAGAAUCAUAUCACCGACAAGGAGAUUGAGCACAUGGCUAAAUCCCGAAGGCUUAGAAGCUACUCGUGGAUGACGGAGAUUCUAUGCCAUUCUUACUGGAGACGUGUUUGGAUCAUACAGGAGCUAGCUUUUGCUAAAGAUCUGACUAUCCAUGUUGGUGGCGUGUCUCUCAGUUGGGGUCAUCUAAUGGGUAUGCUAAAAGAACAAAACAAGGAUACGGAACCAUUCAUCGACCCGGAACGCGCCUUUUAUCGCGAAACUAUCUCCGAAUCUAGUGUUUGAAAUCCCUCCCUAGAAGGAUCAAGACUCCUCGAAAUGAUCAAUAAAUCUAGGCGGAGUCCUAAAAGGGCACUGAGGGAUAUA